CAGGUGGCCCCGCGCGCGGCGGCCCGGCCGGCCGGGGGCGGGCGGGAAGGAGGUGCCUCGGGCGGGGGCCGGUCCCUGCUACCAGGUGACCUGUUCCGGCCCGGAUCCGGCGGCCUCGCCAUGCAGCGGCGCGGCGUGGGGAGCCGGUGGCCGCGGCGGCAGCAGCAGCAACCCCUGCCGCCCGCGGUCGGCGCUCGGGCCGCAGCCAUGGUCCCCCCGAGCGGCGGCGUCCCCCCGGGCCUCGGCGGCCGCCCUGCCUGUGCGCUACUCCUGCUCUGCUACCUGAAUUUUGCACCAUCUUUGGGGAGGCAAACUUCUCUGACAACGUCCGUGGUACCCAAGGCUGAGCAGACUUACACAGACUUUAUUUAUUUUACCGUCUUCGAAGGCAGCGUCCGCAACGUUUCGGCAGUGUCGGUCGAGUACUUGUGCUCUCAGCCAUGUGUGGUGAAUCUGGAGGCCAUUGUGUCGUCCGAAUUCCGGAGUAGCAUCCCUGUGUAUAAGAAGAGGUGGAAGAACGAGAAGCACCUGCACACCAGCAGGACACAGAUAGUGCACGUGAAAUUCCCAAGCAUCAUGGUUUACAGAGACGACUACUUCAUCCGACACUCCAUCUCCGUAUCCGCGGUGAUCCUCCGAGCCUGGAUUACUCACACCUACGGCGGCGGCCGCAGCGGUGGCAGGGACUUGAAUGUGAAAUGGGAAGCUGACUUGCUGCACGCCGUAGCCAAGAAUUACACUCUGCUCAAGGCCAUCCCACCCUUCGAACGUCCUUUCAAAGACCACCAGGUGUGCCUGGAGUGGAACAUGGGUUAUAUCUGGAACCUGCAAGCCAACAGGAUUCCACAGUGUCCCCUGGAAGACGACGUGGUCACCCUCCUGGACUUUCCCUAUGCCUCCAGUGGAGAGAACACGGGAAUUGUGAAGAAGCUGCCAAAGUUUCAGAACCGGGAGCUGGAGGCCACCCGACGCCAGCGACUGGAUUACCCUGUGUUUACUGUUUCAGUGUGGCUUUAUUUACUCCAUUAUUGCAAGUCCAAUCUCUGUGGGAUUCUGUACUUUGUGGAUUCUAAUGAGAUGUACGGCACACCUUCAGUAUUCCUCACUGAAGAGGGCUAUUUGCAUAUUCAAAUGCAUCUUAUCAGAGGAGAAGACCUUGCUGUGAAAACGAAAUUCACCCUACCUUUGAAGGAAUGGUUUCGGCUGGAUAUCUCUUUCAGCGGAGGCCAGAUAGUAGUCACCACCAGCACUGGCCGGGACUUGAAGAGCUACCAUAACCAGACCAUUAGCUUCCGGGAGGAUUUCCAUUAUAAUGACACAGCUGGGUACUUCAUUAUCGGAGGGAGCAGGUAUGUGGCUGGCGUGGAGGGGUUUUUCGGACCCCUGAAGUACUAUCGUCUGCGCAGUCUGCCCCCAGAACAGAUCUUCAAUCCUCUGCUUGAGAAGCAGCUCGCGGAACAAAUUGCGCUGUACCAUGAGCGCUGUGCUGAGGUCCAGGACCUAGUAUCUGCAUACGCGUCCACUGUCCAGCUCGGGAGCCAGAACCAGGAAGCAUGCGACCCCCGCAAUGCCUACCUCGACCUCAAGCACAGGUAUGGAAGACUUUCAACAUGCAGAGCCUUCCCGUGGGAGAAGGAGCUGAAAGAUAAGCAUCCCAGCUUGUUCCAGGCCUUGCUGGAGAUGGACCUGCUGACCGUGCCAAGGAGCCGGGAUGGAUGUGUGUUAGAAGUCGGUGGGAGGAUAUUUGAAAAGGCUGUGAAGAGACUGUCCAGCGCCGAUGGUCUUCAGCAUGUUAGGUCUGUCGUCCCCCUUCUGAUGGAUUCCAGCUGCUGUGGAUAUCAUAAAGCCUCCUACUACCUCACGGUCUUUUAUGAAACCGGCUUAAACAUGCCUCGGGACCCGCUGCAGGGCAUGCUGUAUAGUUUGGUUGGAGGCCAAGGCAGUGAAAGACUUUCGUCAAUGAACCUUGGGUACAAACACUACCAGGGUGUAGAUGGGUACCCCUUGGACUGGGAGCUGUCCUACGCCUAUUAUAGCAACAUCGCCACCAAGACACCUCUGGACCAGCACACGCUACAAGGGGAUCAGGCAUAUGUUGAAACCAUUCGACUGAAAGAUGAUGAAAUACUCAAGGUGCAGACCAAGGAGGAUGGCGACGUCUUUAUGUGGCUGAAGCAUGAAGCCACCCGUGGCAACGCAGCCGCGCAGCAACGACUGGCCCAGAUGCUCUUCUGGGGACAGCAAGGUGUGGCCAAGAAUCCAGAAGCCGCUAUCGAGUGGUACGCCAAGGGAGCCCUGGAGACUGAGGACCCGGCGCUGAUAUAUGACUAUGCCAUUGUGCUAUUCAAGGGGCAAGGAGUGAAAAAGAACCGACAGCUUGCCUUGGAACUGAUGAAGAAAGCGGCCUCCAAGGGGUUGCACCAAGCAGUCAAUGGCCUGGGGUGGUAUUACCACAAAUUCAAGAAAAACUAUGCCAAGGCAGCUAAGUACUGGCUCAGAGCAGAAGAAAUGGGGAACCCGGAUGCUUCGUACAACCUUGGGGUCCUGUAUCUGGAUGGAAUUUUCCCGGGAGUUCCUGGGAGGAAUCAGACAUUGGCGGGAGAGUAUUUCCACAAGGCCGCACAAGGUGGACACAUCGAGGGGACCUUGUGGUGCUCCCUCUACUACAUUACAGGCAACCUGGAGACGUUCCCCCGAGACCCCGAGAAAGCCGUUGUAUGGGCAAAACACGUAGCUGAGAAAAAUGGCUACUUGGGCCAUGUCAUUCGCAGAGGCCUCAACGCCUACCUGGAGGGCUCCUGGCAUGAAGCUCUGCUAUAUUAUGUUUUAGCAGCAGAAACUGGAAUUGAAGUGUCACAGACAAAUUUAGCACACAUCUGUGAGGAGAGGCCGGACCUGGCUGGGAGAUACCUGAGUAUUAAUUGUGUUUGGAGAUACUAUAAUCUCUCUGUUUUUCAAAUCGAUGCUCCUUCAUUUGCGUACUUGAAGAUGGGAGAUCUUUACUACUAUGGCCACCAGAACCAAUCCCAGGACCUCGAGCUGUCUGUGCAGAUGUACGCCCAAGCAGCUCUAGACGGAGACUCCCAGGGAUUUUUUAACCUGGCCCUGCUAAUUGAAGAAGGUGCUAUCAUCCCACACCAUAUUUUGGAUUUCUUGGAAAUUGACCCAGCUCUCCAUUCCAGUAACAUCUCUAUUCUCCGGGAACUGUACGAAAGGUGCUGGAACCACAGUAGUGAGGAGUCCUUCAGCCCCUGCUCCCUGGCCUGGCUCUACCUUCACUUGCGGCUUCUCUGGGGCACUGUUCUGCACUCUGCCCUGAUCUAUUUUCUGGGAACCUUUGUGCUAUCGGUAUUGAUCGCCUGGACUGUGCAAUAUUUCCAGCCCGUCUCAGCCAGCAGCUCCCUGACGGUGCCAGUCCAGGCAUCCCCAGAGCCCACCACCUCCACUGCGAGCCCAGCUGUGACACCAGCCGCAGAUGCCUCUGACCAGGAGGAGCCCUCGGUCACUAACAAUCUGGAGCCACGUGGGUGAACUGUGUACUGCAGGCCUCUUCCGCUGAGAACAUCCUUCCCACAGCUGCAGCUGGAAGGCUGGGGCCAGGGCAUUCUGCUGACAAACUCCUAAAUGUCUCGUCAACCAGAUGCGCAUUUUGCA